AUGAAGACUCCGACACCCACACCCUUAAUAUCAUUUCCAUCUAUAAGUCUUUUUCCUCAUUCACAAAAUUAUAUUCAUAUUUAUUUUUCAAUAAAUGCUAUAUCAUUUCCUCAAAAAUUACAAACAACAUUAACUUAUUCUAUAAAUAAAUUAAAUACAAUUGAAACAGAUAGAAUUGAAUUUAAACUUAAUUUACUUUGUUCACAAUAUUUACGACGAAAGACAAUCGAUUCUAUGGUAUUCGCUGAUUUGAUGAGUUCCGGUACAUUGAUAUGUCAAUCACAACUUCGUAUUCCAUCAUAUAAUCAAGAUUUUCUAUCGAUAAUUAAUAAAAUUUUUGUCGAAAAAAUUAGUUCAGCUGCAUCUUUAUAUGCUGAAACAAUACUUGGACAACCAAUAGCUCUUUUAUUUAAAUCAAUAAAUUCUCAAAGUGGUAUUUUAAUUGAUGGUAAAUCAACAGAAACACAUUAUCUUUCUAAUCUUAUGGAAUAA